AUGACCACAGCAACCAAUCCACCAUCUCGACCUAGCUUCCAGCCACCAAGUGAAUCACAGACACCCCCAACUUUCAUCCCUUUCAUGCUUCUCGACGCAGCAUGCAGCAUUGCGAUCGUUCUAGACGAAUCAUCGAUCGACCAACAGAUAGGUGACAAGCGACAGAGAAUGCCUGGAUUUUUACGCCACCCGCACCAGAUCACCUCCAAUCGAGCUGUGAUGUCGAUGAUUAAGUCGGAUUGCAAGGCGCUCACGCAUGGUUUGGUGGCCACGUCGUCGUCGAGAGCCAGUUCGCAUCGGAAAGCACAUUCGCACCCCAUAGAUCGCGCAAAAACUCUCUCCGUCGACCUUCUUAACCCCUCCGCCGAGCAGCAGGCUCGCUGCCACAAACUCAAGCGACUUGUGCAGAACCCCAACUCUUUCUUCAUGGACGUCAAGUGCCCUGGCUGCUUCGCCAUCACCACCGUCUUCUCCCACGCCCAGACUGUUGUCGUUUGCGGCUCGUGCGCCCAGGUCCUUUCCCAGCCUACUGGUGGUAAGGCUCGUUUGACCGAGGGCUGCUCUUUCCGUAAGAAGGCGUAA